ACACAUGUUAUAAAGGUGUCCAUAACAAGAACAGAAGCCUAUUUUUCUUUUUAUUUAUAUGUUAAUAAUGAGGUGUUCGAAUAUUUAUCGUUAUCAGACAAAUCUAAAUAUAUGAACACGGCAAAACCCACGCAUCCACACGGAAGUUUACAAUAUUUUACCUGUACACUGUAUAUUUAUGAAACUCGCCUACGUAUCUGCGUUGAUAUUUCUACCUGACGGAGAAGUGGGGGAGAUAGAAAUUUGGAAUAACAAACUAUAAUUCACAGAGUGCAAGUGGCUGAUUCCGUAUAAAGGAUGGAAUGUCUUUAUUUACUAACCAUAUUCGCUCUGUUUGGGGUUUGUUCUUCAGAUGAGGGUUGGUUCUGGCACGUAACCGACUUCCACUGGGAUUUCUCCUACUGGACUGACCAGUUGUCCUGCAAUGGUAUGAACAUCUCUCAGCCGGGAACAUUCGGUAACCAGUGGUGUGACUCCCCUUGGUCACUUGUGGAAGAAUCCAUCAAAGGUUUGGGGCCAGUCCGCUCACAAGUCGACUUCAUUAUAUGGACUGGAGACACAGUGCCUCAUGUUUCUGGCUCCCAUCUGAGUAAAGACCUUAACUAUGAACUGGUAGAGAAUAUAACGUCAUUAAUGCAGCAAGAGUUUCCGAAUACAAAGGUUUAUGCAACAUUUGGAAACCACGACCACUACCCUACCAACCUGUUUCCGCCGAACAAUGACGAUAUCUACAAUGCGACAUACUUGAUAUGGAAAGCGUGGAUAAAUGAUGACAGUCAGAUGGACAAUUUUCAUAAAGGCGGAUACUACACAGUGAAAUUGGGCAAUUCCUUGCGCCUGAUUGCUUUGAACUCGAACAUGUACUACACCAAGGAUACUGCAACAGCACAUCUGGAGGACCCUGCUGACCAGUUCAGAUGGCUCGAACAAACCCUGAAUUCUUCUCAAGCCGCAAAUGAAAAGGUGAUUUUGAUUGGUCAUGUCCCACCGGGAUACACGACGCCGAGAGCUGUGAGAUGGAUGACUAAAGAAUUCAACCAGAAGUUCGUAGAUAUUGUUCUCCGUCAUUCAUCGACAAUUGCAGCCUUGCAUUUUGGACAUGAGCACCACGACAGUUUUCGCCUAUUUUAUAAAGGAGAAAACCCCGUGGCAACAUUGUUCAUUGCCCCUUCGGUAACCCCAUGGAGGUACCAACUCUCAAACGGGGAAAUCGAACCUGCACAUAACCCUGGCGCAAGGCUUGUUAAAUUUGACCGACAGACGGGCAAAACGUUGGAAAUAUUGCAAUACUACGCCGAUCUCGACAAAGUGAAUGCAAACAAACAGUUCGUGUGGACUCUUGGUUACAACGCUUCGAGUAUUUACGGCAUUCCUGAUCUUGGCGAUGAUUCAAUGCACGAAGUAGUGGGUAAACUCACCGAAUCGUCCAACUCAGAGUUUCUGAACUUUGUAAAAUGGUACAACACCAACGGGAAAAAUCCUACAGAAACUUGUUCUUCUAAAUGCCACCAGGCGGUCAUAUGUGGACUGAGACAUAUGACCGAAAACGCAUUCCAGAAAUGCUUGGACCAAUCAACGAGCACACAGACUAUGCCAAUACCAAAUAUCUUUGUUACGCUUGUUAGUCUCAUUUUCCUUGCAUUUUAGAAAAUGUAUCAUUUCUAGUACUGUGUUCCGGUAUCUUGAAUGAAAUGCCGUAGUUGUAUGUAGAUACCGUAUUUUAAAGCUGGUUGUAUGACUUUUUAUCGGCUACAUUAUGUAAAAUAUGUAAGACACCAAUCUCAGUUCCAUACAAAGGCAACCAUGCUAUGAAUAAACAUCCAUCAAUUUUGGAGAAGAAGUUUGAAUGUUGUAUAAAUGACGUAAAAACAUUUAAACUUGCCGAGAAUUUCCGUUAUUGUUCCCAAAUUGCGUAAAUAAAAAGCAAACUUAUAAUUAG